AUGUCUUACCAAAUCAUCUUUGCCUUGGCCGAUUCCAGCCCUGAGACCGCCAAGGUCACCUGCAGCCACGUUGUUGACGCACUCAAGAUCGACAGCAAUAUCGAUUUUGUUAUCCCCAGCCUUGGUUUCAGUGCCACUUUUGAGUCGCUUGAGGAGUUCAAUGAGCACAUCGAGACAGCUCAGAAAAAGACCAUUGUGGAUGCUGCUAUCCUCCCACCAACCCACUUUGCCAAUCUCCUUGCCACAUUUGGCGUACAGGCAACAACAGACAAUAUCCCUGUGAUCUUCUUCUACUCUAAGCCCGAGGGAUGGGAGAACACUGAGGAUGCUACGGCAGCUGCUAUCAGCACGAUUAAGAGGCUUGGCCUUCAUCAAGAUGGUGAUACUGUCGGGUCCACGAUCAUUCAGGUGACAUCUUUUGAGGGAAAGUCUCUUGAGACUGUCACUGCUUUGGAUGAUAAGAUCGAGAAUGUCAGCCCCGAGGUGCUUGCUGGGGACGUUGUUCCGGAUGUGAUUGACACAAAGAAGGCCGGCAUCACCUUUGCCGAUGCUCUCAAUGGCGCUAUCGACGACUAA